AGUCAUUUGAGAAACCGCUCCAGUCGACGCCAGUCCGUCGGUGCUUGCGCACGUGAGUGUCACGUCAUUCGUCGGUUUGAAUUUCGAUUUCGAACGUUCUCAACGGCGCCGGCCAAUCACGUCCGAUCGCGCGUUUGAUUUCUUUUCGCGAGCGACUUUUUGCAGUUAUAGUGUGUUCUAAUUUGUGCGGCCAGUGUUGUGACAUUGAUAACUGUCUGCUGUUAAUGACAGUCGGUGGUGUUGCCAGAUCUUGUUUAUUCGAAGGUUGGAUGUUUUCUCACGUAUUCUGGUAUCGACAGCGAGCGAUAGAAAAACAUUGUCGCGUUGCGGAUUUCUGACCCACACUCGACCGGCCACCGGAUAUAUUAUGCCUUAUACAUCGACCACUAUCUAAACCGUACCCGACUUGCAUUGCAACUCGAAAACCGUUAUAGAGUAAUUAUGCUUAUUUAUUAGUCGGUGCAAAAGGACACCAUGAUGGAAGAAGUGGCGCACCGACCCAGUGUGGAGUACAUGCCUCCGCCGCUGCCUCCGAAAAUCAAACAAAAGAGCUCGACCACGUUCACUCACAUAGGCAGCGAUGCGGACCCCAGGUUGAACAUUAGCGGGUUUAGCGAUGGUCUAGAUCGCAGUCUAAGUUCGAUGCACCCGCUCGUCCUUAAUUCCAAGUCGCCAACAACGGUAUUCGUAGCGGCAACGCAAGCCGAGAGGGACGCGGCCCCAGUGCCCGCGCCCGCCGCGCCGGCCCGCCACGUCGUCACCAUCAGGAUCAACACGGACGCGCAGAAAUCCAACGCACCCAAAAUCUCCAGCGUGCACCUCAAAAGCGAAACCGACUUUGACCUCAAAUACAACGAGCUCAACAAGAAAAACAGCAGCUUAGUCAGACUGAACGUCGACGAGAGUCUGCCAAAAAUCGUCGAGCACAAUGAACUGCAGAAAGCAGAUAAGGACAAGCCACCGUACAUUUACUGCAACUCGUAUUCUCUGAGCUCAAUGGCGAAUAUGGUGAUGUCGAGUGGACAGUGCUCCCCGAGCGACACCCUGGACUCCGGCACCUGCAGUGACCUCGACAGCACGCCGCCGCCGCCGCUACCAAAAAAGAAAACCACCAAAUCAAGUGCAAACAAAAAGGCCGUAACUGUAACACUAAUUAGCCCCACGACAAAUGGGAACGCCUCGAAUGGGGAAGUGGAUUUCGAAGACAACGACUCAAACAUAUCGUGCGACUCUCUAAACAGUAGUGAAUUAAACGGAAGCGUGCACACAGAUGAAAGUCAUUGCGAUGAAGUCAACAAAAAGGAAAAGAUUGAGGAAGACGCGCCGACCGCGCCGGCCAUGCCCGCGUUCGCCGCUGACUCCGACGACACAGACACAGUAGACAGCAGCUUUCUACCCCGAGGUCUCCUGCAAGACAUUAGAGACCGCUCGGUCAAGCUCAAUACGGUUGAAACUGAAAGCGAUUUGAAGAAUGACGACGCAAGCGUCGAGGAAGCGAACCAGAAUAUUAAUGCAAAUGCUAAUAUUUCGAAAGAAAGUGCUGAACUCACCUCAUUUCGUCUUGUAACGCAGUUUAAUAACGACACGAGACACACAGACGCCUCGCCCACUAAUGGCAGUAAAUCGCCGAUUAUAAGUGAGAGCACGUAUGAAGAGCGCAAGAAAGAUCAGGCGAGGCAGCAGCGAAUCUGUUAUAGCAGCAACUACUUCGACGCAGACAAGUAUUACGACUUUCAUUUGAACGAGAAACAGUUUGAUGAGGAGAAGUCGGUGAAACGUAUCAGUGGUGUGAGUGCUAAAGGUGUUAGUGUGGAGGAAGUGGAGUACUUUGCAGGUGUGAAAGACUAUAAGAGUGAGGAGGUUCCCUCGACGAUAAGGAGUUCGAAGGGCACCAUUCGAGGGGUCAAGAACAGAGUGCGCGCAGGAAUCGCGACCUUCUUGCAGAUACAGAGCACAACAAAGAGCUACAAAGAAAAAGACGCGGGCAAAGUGGUAAUCUACACGACGACCAUGGGCAUCGUCCGGGCCACAUACCAGCGCUGUGUCCUGGUGAAGAAGAUACUGAGGAACUUGCUGGUCAAGUACGAAGAGAGGGACGUCUUCAUGAGCACAGAAUACCAGGACGAGAUCCGGGAUAGGAUGAAGUCGGACCAGAUUCUUGUGCCGCAACUGUUCAUCGACGGGCAGCAUGUUGGGGAUGCAGACACGGUGGAGAAACUGAACGAGAGCGGAGACCUGCGGAAAAUGUUGAAACCUUACAAAAGUCUAGACGCGUGCAACACGUGCCAAGUAUGCGGGGGGUUCCGCCUGCUGCCGUGCCGAAUCUGCAAGGGGUCGAAGAAGAGCCUGCACAGGAACCAUUUCACCGCGGAAUUCGUGGCUCUCAAAUGCAUGAACUGCGACGAAGUCGGCCUGAUACGGUGCGAUGCCUGCUGCUGAGUUUUGGAACGUAAAUCUGCGGUAUUGUAUUGAAAAGAAGAAAAAUCGUUGGCAGGAAGUUUAGGGGUUGGUGGAUUAGUAAUUCUUCGUUUUGAAUUAGGAAUAGUUUCCAAAUUGAAAUUAGGGCGGUAUCAUUUUAGCAAUUUUCUUUUCCUUUAUGUUUUUGAUAUAUUCAAAAAUAAAUUGGGCGCUAGCUUUUAGAUUCGCAUUAGAUUUACUUUUUAUACUUAUUAUCUUUUAAUACGAAAAUUCAUAUUUUUUUAACAUGUUAAUUUUUUGUGGUUGAAAGAUUACAUUAAUUUCUUAUUUAUCUUAAAUUAACUGAAUUUUAAACAAUGAUAGAAGAGAACAAGACACAAGAAAAGAAGAGCAUACGUUUUUUAUCUAGACGUAACCUAGUUAAAGAAAUGUACCAACUGGAAAACGUCGCGUGUACUUACUGUGAAAACCUAAUUUUAUUAGUAACUAACUUAUUUACAAUUUUACUUAAAUGAUAUUGCAAGUUCUACGAAAUCCGUAGCAAACAUUAAGCACUUAUGGUCAGUAUCUACCAUUUAUGUGAAAAUUAUAAUGAGUUUACUUACAGUGUAUACUUACGGUUACUAAAAUUUUAGCAUCUGACAUAGCCCUGACCAUGAUUUGAUAAAUCAUCAUCAGUAUAGAUCUAUGUCUCAGGAAAAAAUGGAAAAUUCAGAUUGUGGUUAUUAAAAGUAAUCUAGACAUUUAUAGGAUUAGUAUAGUUUCCCUUCUAUAGAGAAUAGAAGAUAUCACAUCGUAGAAAAGAACCUUUAAAUUUUAACUGA